GGUACCCAGGCAGAGCUGUGUGUGACCUUGACACUGAUCACAUGAUCUGAUAUCCCGGCAGCCUCAGUGGCGGUCAGCUGACCUGCCUGUCCCAAGAUGGCGGCGCCCGUGCUGCACGCUUUCCGAGGAGCGGUCUGGCGGGUUCCCCGGGUUUCCUGCCGCUGCCUGUCGGGCUCCCCGGGGUUCCUGGCGGCCGUGGCCCGGCGGGGGCUGUUCCAGGAGCUGUUCCCUCCGGAGGGCCCCGGGCUCCCAGACCUGCUCCUCUCGGGGCCCCAGACCGUGUACUGCGGGUUCGACCCCACGGCGGACUCUCUGCAUGUGGGCAACCUGCUGGCCGUGCUGGGCCUGCUUCACUUCCACCGGGCCGGCCACCACGCCAUCGCCCUCAUCGGGGGGGCCACAGCCCAGAUAGGGGACCCCAGCGGCCGCAGCCUGGAGAGGGAACCCCUGAACCCCGAGAUCCUGGAGAGCAACGUGAGGGGGGUCAGGGACAGCCUGAACAGGGUGUUUGAGAACUACCAGGUGCUGCAUGGGGGCCACGCCAAGCCAGGGGCCACCUUCAACGUGCUGGACAACGCGUCCUGGUACCGGAACCGCCAGCCCAUAGAGUUCCUGAGUUCGGUGGGCCGCCAUUUCCGAAUGGGUACCAUGCUUAGCCGGCACAGUGUCCAGAGCCGCCUGAAGACCCCUGAUGGCAUGAGUCUCACCGAGUUCCUCUACCAGAUGUUCCAAGCGUACGACUUCUACCACCUUCACCAGCAGCACGGCUGUAAGAUCCAACUGGGGGGCAACGACCAACUGGGCAACCUCAUGUCUGGCCACGAGUUUAUCCACAAGGUGACUGGUGAAGAUGUAUUUGGGAUCAUGUUGCCUCUUAUUACGAAUACCACAGGGGACAAGCUGGGGAAAUCUGCAGGGAAUGCUGUCUGGCUGAAUAGAGAACGGACAUCUCCAUUCGAUUUCUAUCAGUUUUUUGUGAGGCAGAAGGACAGCAGCGUUGAGAGGUUUUUGAAGCUGUUCACAUUCCUUCCACUUGAGGAGAUUGAAAAACUAAUGGAGCAACAUGUGAAGGAGCCUGAGAAGAGAGUUCCCCAGAAAAGACUUGCUGCGGAGGUUACAAAACUCGUUCAUGGGAAAGAGGGUCUGGAAUCUGCCAAAAGGUGUACGCAUGCUUUAUAUCAUAGCAGAAUUGAUGCUCUGGAAGCCAUGUCUGACCAGGAGUUGCAGGAACUCUUCCAAGAAGCUCCUUUUACUGAAUCACUCUUUGAACCGGGUACUAGGGUACUGGAUGCCUGCCUGGCAGUGUCUGCCAUCCCGGAGGGCGCACGUGGGUUUGAUAUCAUCACCCGUGGCGGUCUGAGCAUUAAUCACCAGAAGAUCACAAAUCCAGAUGAGAUCCUGGUACCUGGGCAACAUAUUCUUAAAAAUGGACUCUCGCUAAUAAAAGUUGGGAAGAAGAAUUUUUACAUUCUGAAAUGGCUGCACUUAUAAGAGCCAUAAAUGUGGAUACCGCUUAUUCUGACUGGGGUACUUUGUCAGAGAACACUGUAUUGUACUAUUCUCACUAAGUGAGAUCUGCUCUGUAAAUAAAUGUAUUACUUAUACACAUGAUUUGUGUUGCCAGCUCAGAGUGCAUGCUCCAAUCAAGGGAAGGGAGGGAUUUUUCAAUUGAGAGAGAGAAAAAAAAACACAUUCCCAAUCCUACUCAAUGAGCUGCAUUAGAGGGGGGGAGACAGGUACGGUCUGACAUUACUGAGCAGAACCCAGUCUUUCCAGCACAGACUAUUGGGAAAGAAUCUUUCUGCACACAAAUAUGCUAAUAAGACUUACUUUUGCCAUAUUACAAAGUGUUUU